AUGGCCGGCUCCCUCCUCAGGCGGCGCCGAAGCGAGGUCCGUGGGGGGCCCAGGGAGCGCGGGCGCCGCACCCUGGACGCGACCUCGCCCUCCCCCGGCCCCGCAGGGGCCGCGCCAGCCUCCGCCCGACUGGGCGCUCCGGGAUGGGGGAGGGAAGGCGAGGCGCGCCGGGAGGUGGGCAGGCGGGGAUCCAGUGGCAGCCGGCAGGCGCGGAGGGAGCGGGGGCGGCCCGAGCUGCGGGCGCAGCCAGCCGGCUCCGGGAGCGCGCCCGCGGCUCCGCCCCCUCCGCGCUGGCUCCAGCCUCCGGGGCGGCCGGGCGUUGGCAGCUUCGGCGAAAGCCUUCCCGGCUACGGGCGGCGGCGGCGGCGGGCCGGGGCGCGUUCCAGACGCCCUCGGGCAGGGCGCGGGCUGCAGCGUCUCGGUGGGGUUCCGGAGGCUGUGGGGGCCCUGGCUCCAGAUGCGGAAGCCAUGGAGUUGAGCUGCAGCGAUGUUCCUCUAUACGUAAGUCUCUAAGUGUUGGAUUUCAGGUCUAAAUGACCCUUUCUUACACUCAAAACCCGUGUGACUAAAGUGGAGAGAAAGGUUUUGCAUGCUGUUUGAGGCUUAAAAAAAAAAACAAAAACCAAAAAACGUGAACUGUCUUGCUUCAAGUAUGUGUAUGGACCCUUUUAAAAGUCAUUGGCUCUUGGCUCUGAAGUCUGGGUUUUAAUGAUACUUAUCUGAGUAAUUUUAUUUAAACUGUAUAACUUCUGGACUCACAAACACCCAUUUCAUUCAUGUGAAUGGUUUUCGAAUGUUGUAUUUUAGGAUAUACCGAUAAUGGUCAAGAAUGUCUUCUAGGUGCGUCUUUGGAUAACGUUCAGUGGCAUUUGUGUCAGCUAAAAUCAUGAAAUAGGAAUUCAAAGGGCAAAGUGCUGGGACAUCCACAGAAUAGGUGGAGGAUUGGGUGACAGAGAUGCCCAUGAGAUGCCUAGACAGGUGUUUCUUCUGCAUUGAGGGAAGAUUCUGCUCUUCUGCACAGUUAACUGAGUGUAACAGAGAAGUCAGUGGAUGCUCCCUUCACAUAUAAAAUGGGAUAAGGGGGAGCGUGGGUGGCUCAGUCAGUUGAGCGUCUGACUUCAGCUUGGGUCAUGAUCUCACAGUCUGUGAGUUCGAGCCCCACGUCGGGCUCUGUGCUGACAGCUCAGAGCCCGGAGCCUGCUUCGGGUUCUGUGUUUCCCUCUCUCUCUGACCCUCCCCCGUUCAUGCUGUGUCUCUCUCUGUCUCAAAAAUAAAUAAACGUUAAAAAAAAAAAUGGGAUAGGACUUCAUCCCCCCACCCCCCUUAUUUCCUUGAAAUCUGACUGAGUUGGUAUAGCGUGGGCAUGGAUGGGUGUGUGGGACCUGUGGUUUCAGGUAACUUCUGAAUCAUUGACUCAUGGAAUUCAGCAAAA